CCCCCUUCCCUUAUUUACUACUCUUCCCAAUCCUUCCUUUUCUCUCAUUUUCUCAUCCUUAUUUAUUAGUGAAAAGAAAAAAAAUGUGCAGCAUUCUUUGAGAGCAAGCCAAAAAAAAAAAAAACAGGUUCAUGGUUGAUUGAGUUUUGGUUCUUCUUCAACAAAACAAAAAACACAAUCCAACCCCAAUGGCUGUUUCUCCUUGUUUGAGUGUUAAUGAUCAAAAGAAACACUGGUGGCUUAGCAAUCGAAAGGUUGUGGAUAAGUACAUUAAAGAUGCGAGGAGUCUGAUUGCAACCCAUGAACAAAGCGAGAUUGUUUCGGCUUUGAAUCUACUCGAUGCAGCGUUGGCUAUUUCGCCUCGUUUUGAGGUUGCCCUUGAGCUCAAAGCUAGAUCUUUGCUGUACUUGAGACGAUUUAAGGACGUCGCCGAUUUGCUCCAAGACUAUAUACCUAGUCUUAAAAUGUCCGGGGACGAUUCCGGGUCGGUUUCGUCCGAUAACUCGUCUCAACAUCUCUCGAGGGAGCGAAUUAAGCUUCUCCCUUCUAAUAACUCGUCCUCUGACUCACCUGGUCGUGACCCGUCUUUCAAGUGUUUCUCUAUCUCGGAAUUGAAGAAGAAAGUCAUGGCUGGGUUGUGGAAGAAUUGUGAAAAAGAAGGCCAAUGGAGGUACUUGGUACUAGGCCAAGCAUGUUGCCACCUAGGCCUAAUGGAGGAUGCAAUGGUUCUACUUCAAACCGGCAAACGCCUCGCUUCGGCCGCAUUCCGUCGCGAAAGCGUUUGCAGGUCCGACGACAGCUUCUCCUUUCCCAACAGUAUUACCACAUUGGACAUAUCCGGUACCACAGCGCCACCUUCCAUGCCACCGCGGAAUCCGACCUUUUUCUCCGAAUCCGAAAACAUUUCCCAGCUGUUAUCCCAUAUCAAACUCCUCAUUCGCCGUCGUACCGCUGCCAUUGCUGCCUUAGAUGCUGGCUUAUUCUCCGAAGCCAUUCGCCAUUUCUCUAAAAUCGUCGACGGUCGACGCCCUGCACCUCAAAGCUUCCUUGCAGAGUGUUAUAUGCAACGAGCCUUCGCUUAUAAGGCUGCGGGACGCAUAGCCGAGUCGAUCUCGGAUUGCAACAAAACACUUGCUCUUGAUCCAAGUUGCAUUCAAGCUCUUGAUACCAGAGCCUCAUUGUUGGAAACAAUACGUUGUUUACCGGACUGUUUGCAUGACCUCGAACACUUGAAACUGCUUUACAAUACCAUAUUACGAGAUAGGAAGCUACCAGGCCCUGCCUGGAAGCGUCACUAUGUUCGGUACCGGGAAAUCCCGGGAAAGCUAUGUGCAUUAACGACUAAAAUCCAACAAUUGAAGCAAAGGGUUGCUUCAGGGGAGACUGGAAAUGUCGAUUACUAUGCAUUGAUCGGUUUAAGGCGAGGAUGUUCAAGGUCCGAACUAGACCGAGGUCAUUUGCUGCUAUGUUUAAGGCACAAACCGGAUAAAGCUACAAACUUUAUCGAACGAUGCGAGUUCGCCGACGAGCGUGAUCUCGACUCGAUUAAGGACCGAGCCAAAAUGUCGGCUUUACUUCUUUACAGACUGCUUCAAAAAGGGUAUUCCAGUGUAAUGUCUACCAUUAUGGACGAAGAAGCGGCCGAGAAGCAACGGAAGAAAGCAACGGCCGCGUUACAAGCAGCACAGGCAGCAGCAAUUCAAGUUCAGCAAACCCAACAUUCUAAUCCUAAACCCGAACACGAAACCAGCCCUGUUUCGAGCUGCAAUAACAACAGCAAAAACACAACCACCAAUUCCAACACAAAUGUGUUCCAAGGUGUAUUUUGCAGGGAUCUUACUGUAGUUGGGAAUUUACUAUCACAAGUCGGGUUUAAUCGACCACUUACAGUGAAAUAUGAAGCGCUAAGCUGUUGAUUUAAGUUGAAUGUUUAUUACCGGCUGUGUCCCUAUUGUACAAAAUAUUAGUCUGCCGGAAAAUUUUGUCACACUUUUAUUUCAAUGUUAUCCAUUUCCUUGUAUAUAAACUUUCAUUAUUAAAAUUUUCUACUUUGGCUA